AUCUUACCUUACCCAACGAGCAGAAGUGGGUGACUCCCUUUCCCCGACUUGAGCUGUGACAGCUCGUUCAACGGGAGGCGGAGCCGCGAAGGAGCAGGGGGAGGGCGGGAAAGUCGACCAUCGAACGGUGGCGGAGCAGAGGAGCAGGGAGAGCCGGAGAGGGCGUGGCCGGUAAUGGAGUCGGAGAGGCGGAGCCAUAGCAAAGGAAGAGCAGGGUGAGGGCGCGGGAUGGAAAUCAGGUGUAACGGGCGGUGGUUGUCGGGAAUGGAGGCGGAAACACCGUCGUUGAGUAGAGAAUGGAAAUCGGGACUCCAGAGAGGGUUUCGGUGGUGGCGGGGCGGCCGUCGGAUUGGAAUCGGGAGUAGGGACGGGAGGUGGAGACUGGAGAACUGGGGUAAUUUGUGUGAUCGUGUCUCUAGGGAAGAGGAGUCGCGAGUCAGAGAGGAAGGGGAGUCGCGACUCGCGAGUCAGAGAGGAAGAGAAGUCAGAUUGGCGGCGGGGUUUUUGUGAUUGUGUCUCUGGGGAGUGGCGGGGACUGGGAUAAUUUAGGUUUAGGAAUUAUGAUGUAUGUCCCGUUAUCCACGGGUCGGGUUCCCCCAAAACCGAACCCGCCCCAACCCUCCCAAACAGCCACCGGGUUUAAACCCGAACCCGACCCAAACUCGGUCAACGCGGGUUUUAUCUGGUUUGACCGGGUUGGGUCGGGUCGGGUACCCGUGGGUCCGGGUUGAACUGCCAACCCUAAAGGGGGUGAGCAUCAUACCACCACCCCCAGGACGUGGCAAGGGAGAGUAUUUUUUUUUUGCCAUUUUUAAUUCAUGUGAUUUAAAUACUCACCCAUAUGUGGUACGUGGUAUUCCUUCUUGCCUUAGCCAUUUUUACUCUAUGGAUAAGCAAAACUACGAAGGAAAUGCCAAGAGCAUAGAUUGAGGUCUUAAGAGGAGGGGGUCAAGACUGAAGAGGAUCCCACUUUCAACAUCAGGGUAACCGUCAUAGCAGUUGAGAGGGUAACCGUCACUCCACAUCAACAGAGCAGUUUCUUGGGGCAGUUACUUCUGAUGGCUAUAAAUAGCAGGUGAAGAUGACAGAGAAGGGGUUCGCAAAAAUCACAACUCGACACCACUUGUCAAGUUUUAUCUUUUUCUCUUUUCCUCUGCAGAUUUUAGCCAUAGUCGUAGUUUUUGGAGCUCUCACUGAACCUCCAUAGGAGUAGGGCUAAUUUAAUGUACAUUUUCCUCGUAGUUAAUCAAAACAUUGAACAUCCUUGUUUGAACUUUGUUCAAAGAGGUGUGAAUUGUGUUGUUUGAUCGUUUGUUUGGUAGUCAAAGGUGCAAAAUCCAAUUCUAUUCAUCUAGAUUUUCUCGCCGGUAAAUUACACAUGUUUGAUAGACCAUUAAUUACACAUGUUUUUACCCCUAUUCUUGAGCCAUUUGAGACGUUGAUUCUCGUGUUUUAAGCCGAUUUCACGCUAGGUUGUGCGUUUAUGUCUUUUCAGGGCUUAGCGUUGGCAUCGAGGCGAAGGAACGAGUUUCGGGUCGAAAGGAGCAUGUGAGGUUUGAAGUGUGCUGGAGAGCAAAAAUACCCGGCCAUGAGCAGAAAUACCCGGCCGGGUAUUAUUUGGCGAUGACCGGGGAUUUGAUGCUUCGGGCGUCUUUGAGAAGCAGAAGGGGGCAAAAAUCCCCGGUCGGGGAUUCUUGGCCAUGACCCGGGAUUUCCCCCUGUAACCCGACGGUGCGUUUUGAACAUACCCGGUCGCCACCCAAAAUACCCGACCGGGUAUUUGGGCCGGGGAUCGCGAGAGACAACUUCUUAAGGGAAAAGAAGGCCAAAGGUGAAGGGUUCGGAGUUUUGGAGAAAGAAAGCGAUUCCUAGAGACAGAAAGUGACGAACCAGAGUUCCCAAGUGCCCUAGCUUGAUCUUCAUCACCAUUGGAGCUCGGCUCACACUUGGAGAAGUGCCGAUUGACGACCAGGAGCAGAAACCCAUCCUUCACAGCAUGAUUUCUGCAUGUGAGCUUGCUUUUGCUUCUCUCUCCAUGGAGUAACUUCCUCAUUCAUCUGGGUAUGGAGAACCCUAGAUUUGUAUGUUAGGUCUGAUUGUAUGAACCCAAGUACAGAUUCUAUGAUUUGAUUAUAUUCAAUUGAGGUUUGAAUUGUUGAAUGGCAUGAAUCCUGAUCAAAUUCCUAUUAUUUCUGCUUUGACCUAGAAAGAGAAUAUCUACCUAGGUUGAUAGAGUACCCUUAAUUGAAGGUGGUGAAUUGGCGACUUUAGUCGAGGAGCCAAUUCACUAUUCUAUACCGGAGUUACUUCGGUAGUGGAGGUUUUGUUCGUUAGGGCCUCAAUCUGUUUACUCCGGUGGAGGUUAGUCGCCCGCUGGAGACUCAGAUUGAGAGGGUCUGGAGACCUUUAGUCGAGACUUCAGACUGUUUAAGAACCUCCCGCAGUGUAACUAUCAUUAAAACUGAACUUGGUAA